UCAGUGGACGGCAACUGGAACGAGUGGUCCAGUUGGAGCUCCUGUUCCACCAGUUGCUCCAACGGGACCCAGCAGCGGACGAGAGAGUGCAAUGGACCAUCCUAUGGGGGAGCCGAGUGCCAAGGACACUGGGUGGAGACACGAGACUGCUUCCUUCGACAAUGCCCAGUGGAUGGAAAGUGGCAGGUAUGGGGUCCGUGGGGAAGCUGUACUGCCACGUGUGGAGGUGGGACACAGAAGCGGGAUCGGUCAUGCUACGGUCCUUUCUUUGGAGGAAGCGUGUGCCAAGGCACCAGAGAGGAGUUCAAGCAGUGCAACGAGAAAAGAUGUCCAGAGCCCCAUGAAAUCUGUGAUGAAGAUAGCUUUGCUUCUGUGAUCUGGAAGGAGACCCCUGCUGGAGAUGCUGCAGCCGUCCGAUGUCCCCGUAAUGCCACAGGACUGAUCUUGCGGAGGUGUUUGCUAGAUGAAGAAGGCAUUGCCUAUUGGACAAUUCCAACAUACGUCAAAUGUGUUUCCAUUGACUACAGGAACAUACAGAUGAUGACAAGGGAGCAUCUGUCAAAAGCCCAGAGGGGUCUGAUAGGAGACGGGAUAUCAGAGGUCUUGCAAAACCUGGUUGAGAUCUCUCAGGAUGGAACCAGCUACAGUGGGGAUCUUCUUUCAACCUUUGAUGUACUCAGGAACAUGACCGAGAUCUUCCGCAGGGCCUAUUAUAGUCCAAACCCCAGUGAUGUUCAGAACUUUGUGCAGGUAAUUAGCAACAUACUGUCUGAAGACAACCGGGACAAGUGGGAAGAGGCUCAACUGAUGGGACCAAAUGCCAAGGAACUGUUUAGACUGGUCGAAGACUUCAUUGACGUCAUUGGCUUCCGUAUGAAAGAUUUCCAGGAUUCCUAUCAAGUGACUGAAAAUCUGGUCCUCAGCAUUCAGAAGCUCCCUGCCAAUGCAGCCAAAGACAUUAGCUUCCCUAUGAAAGGCUGGCGAGGGAUGGUGGAUUGGGCCCGAACUGCCGAAGACAAGGUCACGGUGUCUAAAAGCAUCCUCUCCUCAGGGGUUUCAGAGACAGAUGACUCUGCCGUCUUUGUGGUGGGGACAGUUCUGUACCGAAAUCUGGGUGGGAUCCUUGCCCUCCAAAGGAACACCACAGUGCUCAAUUCUAGAGUCCUUUCCGUGACGGUGAAACCAGCUCCUCGAUCCCUCCUUACACCAAUGGAAAUUGAAUUUUCCCACCUGUACAAUGGAACGACCAACCAGACCUGUAUCCUCUGGGAUGACGCUGAUGUACCCUCCUCCUCCACCACCAUCACCUCCUCCUCCUCCUCCUCCUCCUUCUCCUCGUCUCAGCUUGGUGCCUGGUCCUGGCGUGGCUGCCGAACAGUCCCGGUUGAUCCUUUCCGAACUAAAUGCCUCUGUGACAGAAUCUCUACCUUCGCCAUCUUAGCCCAGCUCAGUGCUGAAAUGAAUUCAGAAAAAGUGCUCGUUCCUUCGGUCACCUUAAUUGUUGGCUGUGGGGUGUCUUCCUUGACGCUUUUGCUCUUGAUCAUCAUAUACAUCUCAGUCUGGAGGUACAUCCGUUCGGAGCGCUCAGUCAUCCUUAUCAACUUCUGCCUUUCUAUCAUAUCAUCCAAUGCUCUCAUUCUUAUUGGGCAAACCCAGACUCGGAAUAAGGUGAUAUGCACCUUGGUGGCAGCCUUCCUGCACUUUUUCUUCCUCUCCUCCUUCUGUUGGGUGCUGACGGAAGCCUGGCAAUCCUAUAUGGCUGUCACUGGCCGGUUACGCAACCGCAUCAUCCGAAAACGCUUCCUGUGUCUUGGAUGGGGCUUGCCUGCCUUGGUGGUGGCCAUCUCUGUGGGAUUCACUAAAGCCAAGGGGUACAGCACCAUGAACUACUGUUGGCUCUCUUUGGAAGGAGGCCUGCUGUAUGCCUUUGUGGGACCCGCAGCGGCUGUCGUUUUGGUGAACAUGGUUAUUGGUAUUCUGGUGUUUAACAAACUUGUAUCCAAAGAUGGAAUAACAGAUAAGAAACUGAAGGAACGGGCAGGUCAGAUGGCAGUGCCCCUUUACGGCAUCACGCUCAAAUGUUCCAAGUGUGGAGUGGUGUCUUCCGGUGAAGUUUCGGCCACAGCCACCAGUAACGCCAUGGCAUCCCUGUGGAGCUCCUGUGUGGUCCUUCCUCUCCUUGCUCUGACCUGGAUGUCAGCCGUGCUGGCUAUCACUGACCGCCGGUCUGCGCUCUUCCAGAUCCUCUUUGCAGUCUUUGACUCCUUGGAGGGUUUUGUCAUUGUCAUGGUCCACUGCAUCCUGAGAAGAGAGGUGCAGGAUGCUGUGAAAUGUCGAGUGGUGGACCGUCAAGAAGAAGGGAAUGGCGAUUCUGGAGGAUCAUUUCAGAACGGACAUGCUCAACUCAUGACUGAUUUCGAGAAAGACGUAGACAUGGCUUGUAGAUCAGUGCUCAAUAAAGACAUCGGCACCUGCCGCACCAUGACCAUUACGGGGACUCUGAAGCGUCCUUCUCUGCAGGACGAGGAGAAGCUGAAGCUGAACCAGCAGAAGGGUUCGUCAAACUUUAACAGUCUUCCAGCCAACGUCUCCAAGAUGCACCUCCAAGGGUCCCCACAUUACCUAGGGGCCAUCAACCUCAACGACUUCAGCAAUCACACCCUGACUUUGAAGAAGGACAAGAGCCAGCCUCCCAAGUCCAUCUACAUCUGUGAUGGAGAUAUCUUCAAAAAGCUGGACUCGGAGCUUUCCCGGGCACAGGAUCAAGCCAUAGACACCAGCUAUGUCAUCCUGCCCAGCAACACCUCCACCUUGCGGCCUAAGCCACCUCCGCCACCCCCACCGCCCAAGGACGAUACAAAAUACAGCAUCAACAUAGACCAGAUGCCUCAAACGAGGCUCAUCCACCUCAGCAUGGCCACAGACCCAGGCUUUGUUGUCAAGAGCCCCCCAAGGGAACCUGUGGGGAUGAGCUGUGGGGAGAUUCAGGCUUCCCCGCUGAUGCAGCAGCAACAACAACAUCAGUUGUCACCGCCUCUGGUUAACAAAUCUGGUGACUCAAAAAUGCCAAACAGCUUGUGUGACACAGGCGAGUCUGGCCAUCCUGGAGUGAUACCCAAGGGUGAGAACAUCUCUACCCUUUCCAUGAGUUCUCUUGAGAGGCGGAAAUCCCGGUACGCAGAACUAGAUUUUGAGAAAAUCAUGCACACGAGAAAACGUCACCAAGACAUGUUUCAGGACUUGAACCGGAAAUUGCAGCAUGCAGAGAAAGAUAAGGAAUCUCCCACAAUAGAUAGCAAGGCUAUAAAACGGUGGAGUGUUUCCUCGGGUGGAAGUGAUAAAACUAACGCUAGCCAAGAAAAGCAGCAGACGCCAAACAAGAGACCCUGGGAAGGAAUCCGGAAGGUCCACUCGCCCCCGGCGUGGGUUAAAAAGGACAUGGAGCCUAUUUCCCCCUCUCCUUUGGAACUCAAAACUGUCGAAUGGGAAAAGGCAGGGGCCACCAUCCCUCUGGUGGGACAGGACAUCAUUGACCUCCAGACAGAAGUCUGAGAAGGCUAAAAGAAGAAAGACUCUGAGGGCGCCUGUCCGCUCCCCCUGCCAGGAAACAACACACAAACCGACAACAACAACGUACAAGCCGAUAAGAUGUUUUUUAUAUAUUAAAAAAAAAGAACCAAUUAAACGGAAUCAAAGUGGAACGUGGAAAGUCUGUUGGUUUCUUUGCGAAACCCUUGGGUUGAAGAGGAAGGAUAUCCGGAGUAACCUUUGUAUUGUUCUCUGCAGACGGAAUUGGGGGGAAUCUAUUACUUUGUAGAACAUAGUAGCAGUAGGUGCAGAACGUAAUACGGUCUUUCCCAGGUAAGGAAGGAAGGUAGGAGAAAGGAAGCAGGCCGAGGGGAAGGGAAGGAAAUAUGGGGAUGGGGAGGAUCCAAGUUUUUCGAACAUGACCUCAGCCUCCAGUUCUCAGUAGUGAAGAGGUGGCUAAAUGAUACUUUGAUAGAUGUCAGGAUGUGAAGGAACCUACAACCAGAAGGAAGAUUUCAGUGGGAAACCACCCAAGGAGCUAAUGACCACUGUUCCUCUGGAGAAGGCCAACAGUCAGUUGGUUCUUGGGAUGUUGAUGGGAGGACAAGAAAGAUGCCCAUCUGCCUUCCAUCCCCUUGAAGUUAUCAGAAAGGGUUCUACCAAGAAAAAUGUUCCUGGUGACUGGAUUUCUCUAGCUGUUCUCCAGGAGCAACGUCAUUGAGGUGGGAGAGCAAGUCCUGAGGAGUAACUCCAAAAAUGUCUUCUUCUUCCAUACUGGAUUUUCAGAACUCUUUGAGGAACAGCAAUUGUGAUGUGUGAACAAUUGGUGGGAGCUUUUCUUAAGACUAUUGAGUUCCAUUCAACCUUUCUCCAGAGAGAGACACACACAAUAAAAAAAGGACAACGAACAUUACUGGGUAAGGGAGGGUUUUCUAAAAAUAAAAACAAAAGCAAACCAUGAACAAAAAAGAAUGUAGGUCAUUAUACUGACUGUUAGUAGAUCCUAGACAAAGCUAACGGCAGGCCUUUGUACAAAAAGGGUCACGUGGCCUCAUCCCUCCUCCUUUUACUUUCAAAAGACUCAACAGCGGCCCCUCCUCGUCCGCCUUCUCAAAGUGGGCGGAACCUGGUCAACGGACCAGAAAAAUUGAGGACAUGGAGAACAUUGCCUUAGGACUUGAGACAAACUGGAAAAAAACAAACAUUGAGUAACAUCUACUUGGGGAAAAAAAAUCUAUUUUUUUCUUCUUUUUCUUUUCUUCUUUUUCUUUUCUUCAAUAAAAAGACAACUUGAAACCCAA